AUGGAAGGCACUCACUGCACCCUCCAAUUGCAGAAGCCCAUUACAGAACUCUGCUACAUCAGCUUCUAUCUUCCAAGGGGGGACGUCAGAGGAUUUUCAUACAAGGGCACUGUAACUCUAGACAAAUCCAAUAAGGGUUUUCAUAACUGCUACCAAGUCAGGGAGGGGUCAGACUUUAUUAGCCUCAGCCUGCAGCCGAACGAAUAUCCAGGAGACAUAUUUUUCAAGCAAACUCCCACGAAAGACAUUCUCGCUGAGCUCUACAAACUCACGGCGGAGAGAGAGCGACUGCUGUCCAGUCUGCUGAGCUCAGAGCACAUCCUGAGGAUUACCAUGGGGAAUCAGGAGGGGAAGCUGCCGGAGCUGUCUGUGAGCAUGGCUGCUGAGGAUGACUCUUUCCAGAAUGCUGGUGACUGGCACUGGCAUGGGGAGACCCCCGUGAGCUGUCUCAAUAAGAGAAGGGUCCAUGGGAACAAAAAGCCUCGGAGGUUUGGUGGAAGGAGAGAGAGCUUUGAGGACCUUCCCCAGAAGAGGACAAGAAGAAAAGGGCGUGCGAGCCAGGAAUCUGCUCCUCAAACAGGCAAGGAACAGGUCCAUUCCAGUGACUCUCCCCCUCGUUCUAGACCUAGGCCUGAUCUGUGGCUUCUAGAGGAGAGAGGCACCUUGCUGCCAAAUGGAGCAAUUACUUCUCCCCUCCCGAGGAGAGAGAGCAUCCCCCCAGAGAGUUCCAGGACACUGGACUCUGACUCUGGCUUUGGGAACUUUGAGACGGCUUCUGAGAAAACCAGCCGUGGAAGACCAGGGCUGGCCUCUGAUAGUAGCUCCGUGGAGUCAGGAGCUGGAGGUGCUGGGGAGCUGCAGAGGCUGGUGCCUCAGCAAACUGAUUUACCUGAAAGUCACAAGGAUCCUGAGAAGCAUCCAGAGACAGAGAAGGGCAGGAGGGGGAAGUCUACUCAGCGGACUUGCAGGAAGAAACCUGUUUCCAAAGUGGUGGCCAAAGUCCAGGAUCUGUCCACUCAGGUGCAAAGAGUAGUUAAAACACACCCAAAGGGUGAGGGAAGGAUUGUUGUUGGCCCCGUGGCCCAGGCCGAGUUUAUCCCCAGAGCAGAACUGUUCAGGCUCCCAAGAGCUGAGGCUGGAGCCCAUGGUUCCAAGCAGCCAGGCAAGAAGCAGCAAGGGGAUCGGCCAUCGCAGGGGUUGUCCAGGGAGCAUCCGCCCGCCAGCAGCCAGGCGGCUGUGAACAAGGUCCUUCAGAAGGUUAUAGAAAGCGAGAAGUUAGAUGAAGCCACCGAGGGGAAAAGACUGGGCUUCCCUGUCAAAACAACAGCCACCCAUACCCUCCCAGACACCAGGAGCAAGAAGAGAGCAGGGCUGCUUGUCAGUGGCCACAAAACCUUGCUUCUGGAUCUGCCCCAGGGUGUAGGCCCUGAUUCCUCACUACCCAGAGGUGAUGAGGAGAGGUUGUCCCCCCCAGCACUGGCAGCUGUCGGCAUGGUAUUUAAUAAUUCAUCCUCUCCGUCCGUAAACAAACGGGUGUCACCUGUUCCCUUGCCUGCCUCUCCAAAGCUCCCAGGCCCUCAACAACACCACAAGAUACUCCGGCUCCCUCCCUUGCCUGGCGAGAGGGAAGCUGCUCUUGAUGACGCUGCUGGUAGAAAGAGUGCUACCUUCUUUGGGUCUCCCCCAGCUGACACCUUGGAGUCCUCCUCGGCAAAGGUCACGGCAAAGGUCACGGAGACCAAAGGAGCCAGCUCAGCCUCUCUCAGAGCAGGCCAACCGCGGCUGGUGUCUGGGGAACUUUUGGAAAAGAGCUUGGGGCCCAGGAAGACCACAACUUGGCUGCAGCCCCGGUCACCUCCAGGCAUCUCCUCCGAGGACUUACCCUGGGAUGGCUUCAGUGAGCAGACAGCAGCUAAAGACCUUCCCUACAGGGAUGGAGGUCCCUGGGUCCUGGGCUAUAGAGCAGGACCGAGUUACCCAAUUCUGCUCCAUGAGGAGAGAGAGAAACCAAGCAGAAGUGAACUGUACUUGGAUCUUCAUCCCGACCACAGCCCCACAGAGCAGGACGAUAGGACUCCUGGCAGACUCCAAGCUAUCUGGCCACCACCAAAGACAAAAGAUGCAGAAGAAAAAGUGGGUUUGAAGUACACUGAAGCAGAAUACCAAGCUGCUAUCUUACACUUGAAGAGGGAGCACAAAGAAGAAAUUGAAAACCUGCAGGCUCAGUUUGAACUUCAGGCCUUUCACAUCCGGGGUGAGCAUGCAGAGAUAACAGCGAGACUAGAAGAAACCGUUGAAAAUCUCAAACAUGAGCUAGAACACCGAUGGCGAAGAGGAUGUGAAGAGAUGAGAGAUGCGUGUGUUUCCACCCAUGAUGACUGCCUUCCAAAGGCCUACAGGAAUGUGUGUAUCCAGACAGACAGAGAGACUUUUCUCAAACCCUGUGAAGCUGAAGGCAAGAUAACCAGGAGUAACCAAAUCAUGCCCAAAAAGCUGAAUAUCUCUUCCUUAAGCCAACUCUCUUCCCCAGAUGACGGCAAAGACACACAUGUACCAUUUCCGUCUGUGGAAGGCACCUUAUCCAGUCAGCAGAAGGCACCUUCUCCCCCUCCUGCACCACCCCUGCCAGCAGCCAUCCCACCCCCUCCUCCUCCUCCCCUCCCACCUGGAUCUGAACCUUUGCCACCAGCACCACCACCACCUCCACCUCCACCACCACCUCUACCUCCAAGUGCAGGGCCUCCCCCGCCUCCACCUCCUCCUCCUCCACCACUUCCUAACUGCCCUCUGCCACCCAACAGCGGGGGGCCUCCUCCUCCUCCAACACCCCCAGGACUUGUACCCCCACCUCCUCCUGGACUCUUCUUUGGAGCGGGCUCUUUGAGUCAGUGUCCUCGGAAACCAGCCAUUGAGCCCAGUUGUCCCAUGAAGCCUUUGUACUGGACUAGAAUACAGAUAAGUGAUAAGAGCCAAAAUGCUAUACCUACCUUAUGGGAGUCAUUAGAAGAACCUGAUAUUCGGGAUACUAGUGAAUUUGAGUAUUUAUUCUCCAAAGACACAACUCAGCAGAAGAAAAAACCUCUGUCAGAGACCUUUGAGAAAAAAAACAAGGUCAAAAAGAUCAUCAAGCUAUUGGAUGGAAAACGAUCUCAAACUGUGGGCAUUUUGAUAUCUAGUUUGCAUUUGGAAAUGAAGGAUAUCCAACAGGCCAUUUUCAAUGUGGAUGACUCUGUGGUGGAUCUGGAGACCUUGGCAGCCUUGUAUGAAAAUCGAGCCCAAGACGAUGAAUUGGUUCAAAUAAGAAAGUAUUACGAGACAUCCAAAGAAGAGGAGGUGAAGCUGCUGGAUAAACCUGAGCAGUUCUUACAUGAGUUAGCCCAGAUCCCUAAUUUUGCUGAACGUGCCCAGUGUAUUAUCUUCAGAUCUGUCUUUUCUGAGGGGAUCACCUCCUUGCACCGAAAGGUAGAAAUCAUUACCCGAGCUUCUAAGGGCUUGCUGCACAUGAAGAGUGUGAAGGAUAUUUUAGCUCUCAUUCUGGCUUUUGGAAAUUAUAUGAAUGGAGGAAAUAGGACUCGUGGACAAGCAGAUGGAUAUAGCUUAGAAAUUCUGCCCAAACUCAAGGACGUCAAAAGUCGGGAUAAUGGAAUUAAUCUGGUAGACUACGUCGUGAAAUAUUACCUGCGUUACUAUGAUCAGGAAGCAGGAACCGAAAAGAGUGUUUUCCCCCUGCCUGAACCCCAAGAUUUCUUUCUGGCCUCCCAAGUCAAGUUUGAAGACCUCAUCAAAGAUUUGCGAAAGCUGAAGAGGCAACUGGAAGCAAGUGAGAAACAGAUGGCUGUGGUGUGCAAGGAGUCGCCAAAGGAGUAUCUCCAGCCUUUCAAGGACAAAUUAGAAGAGUUCUUCCAGAAAGCCCAAAAAGAACAUAAGAUGGAAGAAAGUCACUUGGAGAAUGCCCAGAAAAGCUUUGAAACAACGGUAGGCUAUUUUGGGAUGAAGCCAAAGUCUGGUGAGAAGGAGAUCACACCGAACUACGUGUUUAUGGUGUGGUACGAGUUCUGCAGUGACUUCAAGACGAUUUGGAAACGGGAAAGUAAAAGUAUAUCUAAAGAAAGACUGAAGAUGGCUCAGGAGUCGGUCAGCAAGUUGACGUCAGAGAAGAAAGUAGAGACAAAGAAAAUCAAUCCCACAGCUAGUCUGAAAGAAAGACUGCGUCAGAAGGAAGCCAGCGUGACCAUCAACUAAACAAAGACAUCUGAAAAUGCUGACCAGGGUGACAAGUACUCAGCAUGAUCUUUUGCCAGGCCUGUGCUACAGGAAGAUCUUAAAUGAUGCCAUUACUAACUGUUUGUUAUGCUAAUCUCUUCCUGAGGUCAUCUGCAGUGAACUGGCUCUUGCCUUCUUAAAGAAGUCACUUACUAAGCCCCAGCAACAUUGAAAAGCUGCUUCUGGGAACAUUGCAGGAGGAUUUGAUAAUUACCACUUAUAGAAGUCUAGAAAGGCCAGAAGAAUUACCAAAAGUUCCCCCAAAUAUUUUAAGUGGAGAUUUCAAGCCUCUAACCAUACUUGAUAUAUGUAAACUUAAGGCAGAAAAAGAGAAGCUCAAGCCUUUGUUUGUAUACAAUGCUGGGUGAUUAUUGUUCUUAAUUUUGAUUCUAUUGUAGUAAGAUCCUGAAGUAUCUUUCUCAACAAAAAAUGUUGAAACCUGCCCAAGUUAUUUUUUGAGAUAUCAGACCCUGUAUUUCCCAGGCUGGAAAAUGGCUAUUUUGUUGCUGAUCAGGUAAUGAGAAUGGGAGAAAAUGUAAUGUACCUGUCCUUUGUGGUUUUUCUCCUGGAGCAGCUGAGACUCCCAACUCUCAGAAGAAAUACUGAUACUUGAACAGGAACAGACUCCGGGACAGAGCACCUGCUUGGACAAAAUGACUUAGUAAGAGAGCACACGUCACAUUACUUGUGAGUGGAUAAUGUCACAUUGACACACGACUGAGCCCUACAUUGUGUUCUGGGGUUGUGUGGGGCUGGACCUCUCCUGCCCCUCAUAAUCCCUGCCCCUAGAAGGUGGUUUCCAGGCAGAGCAAGUGAUGUUUACAAUGUUUUAUAAAGACUGGCAGGCAUGUGACAUCAGGUAAAACAGGCACCUUUGACAUUGAAAAAGUUUUUUACAUCAAAAUGAAAUUGUGAUUGCAUUAAUAUUAAAUAUUGAGUGGAAUGUCUUGCUUUUUUUAACCCUGGGAACUCAGGUGUUGCUUGAAUCACAAGGAAGGCCAUACCCUGGACCUGUCUCCCUGACACUUUUUCCUAAGCACUACUCUCUGAAUCUGUGUUGGGGUUUGGGGGGAGGAGGAGGAGUGAAAGGAUUGAGGGCAAAUUGAAAAUAGUCUCCAAAAUCACCACGCUUCCACCUUGAAGGGAGAGAGAUCCAGAUAGUCCAGACAGGAAUAGCCUUUCCAAGCCCCGCUGUCUUGAGUGGCUACACUUUGCCCCAACAUCUUGAAAAGUUGUAUUUUUCAGCUUGCCGGGUGCCUGAAUGUCACCCAGGACAAGCCUGCCCGUCCUCAGGCCCCUUAGGGACCCCAACAAGAUAGCUAAUGAAGUAGCACCAUAUCCUAAUGUAAUGCCCAUCUCUGGAAUAAAGAAUGCACAAUCAGGAUCAAAUCAAGUCUCAGAAGCCAUAUUCAUGAAGGUGCUAUCACCCUUUCCAACAAAUCAAAAGAAAGGAUAUGGUGACAUGGUUGGUUGGUGGUGUUUUUUGCUUUGGUUUGUUUAAUUCAGAAUUAAAGGUGAGAAAAGCAACAUAAAAAAGCUGGUAAGGAACUUAGAUAACUAAAGUUACUUGUGAGUAGGCAUCUUUCAUACUGCUCUCUUUGCAUUUUCCUUCACCUCUAAAGAAAACCAAGAGAAUUCAUCCAUUUAAAACCAAUUUCACUUAGAGCAACCCUGUCCACCCUGAUGCUACCUCUAGUUUGAUCACACAAAAGAAAACUGCCUGUGUUGGCCCACACCUUGGGAAUCAACUUUGAGUUCAAUGAGACCAGCAUUCACUUGGUCCGCGUGAUCCAUACAGACUUGAAGGAAGCCAUCAGUGGGGUCUCUGUCAUCCAUUUCAGAUCUCUAAGUAGGAUGCUCACAAAAAAAGCAUUGAAGGUGGCAGAACUGGCAGGUCACCCUCCACAGAUACCCGUUCAGGGACCCAGUGGUGAAGGGGAAUGUGUGGAGUCAAUGCAUCUCACAGGUAGAAAUUUACAGCUCAAGUUGCAUUUCAUUGUAGUGAACAGAUGAGAAACUGGCAGUAAAUACCUACUUCCAAAGAAUGAAAUUUGCCUGCCUCUGUUGGAAAAAAACUGAUGACUUUGUCACACCAGUCAAGUGCCAUAAUUUAGUGUAGUUAGACACCAUGGUGGCCCUCGUUCUUCUCAAGCUGUGUGAACCUUGCUUUAUGUAUCUGGGUGCCACUCCCCAUGUGCGCAUAUACACCCCAUUGGCAACAUAGCCUUCCCUUCUAAGUGACACAGUAAAGUUUCACAAAAUUUGGUCAAGAUGGUACCUAAAACAAUUUGUAAGUGUAUUCUUGCUAAAGAUGUGCCUGGUGGCCUGGGUUUGUAGAUUAUGCUGCCAGUGUUGAGAGAAGUAUUUGUUUUAAUUAAAUUCUCACCUUCUGACACAUUAUAUUUUCUCAUUUUCAUUUCUACUUCUCCCUGGUCUAGUGUCACUGGCGCUGGUCACUGCACCCAGCAGUGCAGCAAACAGCACUGAGUCACAGUCUGAAUGGGAAAGAGACACGUCGACUUGUGGUCUGUGUCUAGUCACCAGACUGUGCUGACAAGGGAGCCUCUUCAUUCUCUGACAUCCUAGGUCUACUUAGUAGUACUCUGGUCUCCCCAAACAAGGAUAAGACCAAUUUGUGUCAAGAAGAGGGAAGACAUCCAAAAGAUACCAUUGUUCCCUAAAUAUCUGAUCCAAAUUUCAAGUAUAUGAUUUUAGAAAGUUGUUUAAAUUUUAUUUAAAAAUUGCUAGCAAGAACUAUCUUUUCGGUUUGAGCUUCAUUUUUCUUUGAUUCUGCCUAUUCUAAGCAGAAAAAAAAAAUGAUAAAAAGCUGAAAGGGAAAACAAAACAUCAGAUUUGGUAGUCCCCAGUAAAAUAGAUAUGUUGUGAAAUUCAGUGUUGUAGAAGUUUUUAACAUAAGAAUUUCAACAGCCAUAAGAGCUGAUGAUUGUGGGCAAAGUAUGAGCUCUGUAAUGAUCACUUGAGACUCAAGUCAACAAGGCAGUUUUUAGAAUAUGAAUUUGAAAGAGUUUUCAAGAAUUACCCUAAAUAGUUUAUUUCUGAAAAAGCUCCAUACAGUGAGAAGGGGUGUGAUAUAGUAGAAGUACUAGACCAUUAAAAUUUCCUUACCCUGAAUUCCCUCCAAAGGACAAUUUAUAAAUAUGUGGAAUAUCCAGAAGACAUGAAUAGCACAUUUCAUAUAUUAAGUAUUUUACCUUCAAGAAGGCCUAAAGACUAUGGAAGAGAGUGGAUUUAAUUAAGAAAUGCACUUGAUUCAUGUCAGCUACUUUGUUGUCAUAAAAAGUCUGCACACAAAACGAGUCUAUGGCAAAACUAAUAGUAUUUUAAAAUAAUGGAUAGCUUUUAGGCUUUCCAAAUGCAAAUAGCUUGUUGGAUGUGUUUCCAUUUUCCAGCUAUAGAGAGAAACAACCCAGCUGCUUGGAAACUUUUCUACUGUUGGUACAAAAAUGACUAAAAGACAAGUACCUUCAGAAACAGGCCUCAGCAGGUCUGUCUCCUUCAGACUCGCAUAACAGUAUUUAUGACUCCAUUAGCAAUUGAAUCCAGGCAUAAGGAGGCUCAGUUACACAGGCGUAUGUGACCAAGAGGUCCAUUUUGUGUCAUUUCUGCACACCCGUCAGUUGUUGACACCUUGUUAGAGGCACUGAAUGUUAGUUUCACAAUUCUUCAUUUCCCCUCCCAAGAAGUGGGCAAUCUACCAAACUCUCCCAGUUCAACACUUUGCUGGGAAGUAGUGAAUUCAAAGAGUUUUAACUUGUCAAAUUUGAAGCCAGUUCAGUAGCUUCAUUUGGUCCAAGACUCUUAAUCAACAUGGUGAUAGAAAUUUAGCAUUUGGGAAAUUUGCGUAGUUAACAGCUUACCGGGAAAUCUGGGAAAUAGUAGUUCGCUCACUCAGGUCUCUUAGGCCCCUGUGCAGUUUCUACCAGCAGAACCAUUAGGGAAGCAAGUCAAGCCUCGUUCAGUAGGACAGCUAUCUUCAAAUGGAGCUGACUGGGCCCGUCUCCCCUCUAUUCCUGACCACCAUGGGCACAGCCUAGCAUAGAGGUCCCAUUCCCCCUUCUCCUUCCCUGCUUUACUAUGAUGGUCCACUUCAGUUAAGAGCUCAAGUGAAUUCCAGACUUUAUUGCAUAUUACAUCAAUGAAGUACUUGUUCAAGGGAUCUUCUCCAUCCUAAAAUCUGAGAAAGUCUGACUUCGUCUUAGGUUUGUAUAGGGAGGUGGUAACUCAUUAAUUAUUCUGCAUUUCAUCUAUAAUCAUAUAAGUCUUUAAUCUCAAAUAUAUUAAGAAUCUCUUGUUGCCUUUCUAAAAGCUGAUCCAGAUUCUAUUCUUUUUUAUGCUUUGUAUGACAUUUGAUAGUAUUGGGCUAGCAACAUGCAAAUGAAUCCAUAGUUUCUGCCAAACUCACCUCCAAAGAAUUUGGAAUCCUUCCCUAUGUAGUAAACAACCUUCUACAAAGGGUGCCUUACAGACUGAAUAUUUCCCUAAAUCCAACCUGUGCCAAGACCAAGGGAAUCUCUGGCUUCAAAGACAAUCUUUCUCCCCAUAUAUGGUGUGAGCUGCCAAUGCAUAAUCUCAUACUUAGCGUAUCGAGAACGAAAUCAAAUCUUUUCAGUCACGUUGUCACCGUGGUUUGUCAAUGUCUUUGGCAGAGUUUCCUUUACUUUCCUUUAUUGUUCGCUUCCAGGGCUUAUUUCCAUUCUUAUCUCAUGAAAGAAAUUAUUUUUUAGUGUUCAUUUUGUCCCAUUUUCUAGGGCUUCCUUUCCAAAAUGAAAGGCUAAAUCACUGGAUAAAUAGGGAACUUGCCUCUGCCUCCCCUAGAUGAGGUUGAUAGAUGUUUUCAGGAAUAAACAGCUCUGAGAAGUCUUGGGGCACAUUUUGAACUCCAGGUUUACUUCUACAGUUAGUAUGUAAGUGGGAAUAUCUCAUAUAGACAUUAUACUGUUCUUCCCAGUAAGAGACUAGGAGAGAUUCAAAAUCUCCCACUUUAGAUAGGUUUGAGUGAACGAUAAAUAGCUCAUUUUUCCCCAUUUUUCUUGGUUACUUUCCUCUUCACCUCUGACACCAAGCCAUCAAGAAGGUGGUCUCAGCCCUACUGAGAUUACGCUCUGAAUAAUCCCCCAAAGACAUCCAUUUCUUUUGGAAACAAAUUCAUGACUGAGAGAGAAAGUUUAGUGACAAUUCUCCUGUCUGCCCAGGGAGAUGAAUAGGAUUUGGAGGGAUAGAUGUAUUUCAAAUCAGGGAUAGAUGUAUUUCAAAUCAUUAAUUUUGCAUCCUGCAAUUUUACUCUGCAGAUCUUUGAUUUCCCAGGACACGCAAUAUGACUCUACUCUAAAUGAGAUAAAUAAUCUUUGGAGUAUAAGCAUUAAGGAAAAAAGACUUCCCUUUCAAGAAGCAUAUAAGAUACUCCUUAAAGGCAGAAAACUUUUGAAAUUAGGAAUUGAGCUUUUUUUUUUUUAAGACUCCUAGAGAAAAUAUGUCAUUGAUUCAUUGUAGUCUUUUCCUUUCAUUGAGUUUUAAUUUAGACUAGCAUGGGAAGCCCGGUGCCUUUGGACUGGGAUUUAGGGGGAUCGUGCUUUGGCCUAAAAAAUCAGCACUGGCCUGCAUGCCCAGAACCUAAGUGAAAUCAGUCAGGAUCCUAAUAGGAAUCAGGCCUAAUAGAAAUGUGAGUUAUUUCAAGUCCUGCAGGGCUUAGUUUUCUCAGUGAUACCUGGACCCUCAGUUCUACUUCCAGCCAUGUAUUCUACCCAUGCAAUGAUGUGUCUUCAUUGUGCCUUGUGAGAUUGCAAGCAGUGGAAUGCAGGAGACAGAGGAGGAGAGUUUCAAAGAGGUCAGCAAUAUUUUACUGAAAUAACACAUUGCUAGGAAGCUAGUGCUUCUUGCCAUGGUUCUGUCAUAGCCUUUCAAUGGAAACUCAAGGAAUCUGUUAGGCAGAUGGGAAUGCCCAGUAUCUCGUAUUGGGCAGUGCUAGACAAUGUACUGGGAAAACAGGAACCCCAGCGAAACCACCCUGUGUUUGCUUUAAUAACUCCAUUAAAGUUCAUGUUCAUUUCCAUGGGAUGGUUGGCCAUGGACCUUCCUGUUUUCUCUCUGCAUGUCCAGAAGUUCUCUUGGCAUCUCACUUCAUUUCACUUUCCCUCUUUUCCACGCUUAUGCUUCGAUCUCCCCUUCCUUCACACCCCACAGCUAUUUUUUCCCUCACUUUACCUAUACAGUUUCUCCAGGGCCCUGCUUUUCCCCCUCCCUCUCUCACACCCGUCCCCCAGCCCUUUGGACUGGGCGCUUCGCUGUCACCGAGACACAGCACUGUGACUGCCUCUUGUUAAUGUCAGCAUCACCUCAUCACUUAGGCGAAGGGGAAAAUCCAUAAAAGAAAUGGAAAAUACAUUUCUCAUUUCAUGCUACUUUAUUUUAAGAAGGUUGAGGGGAGGGUUGUUUUAGUCCUCCUUGAUUUCUCAUAGAUUUCACUUUAAAGCUGUCUAAUUAGGAGCCAUUCAUUUGACAAAUUAUAAAUCAGUCCAGGUCACCAGCUAUGAUGCAUGAGAUUACAUUUUUGAAUCUCAAGAACUUUUUUUUUUUUCUGCUGGACAAAUGGAUUGACUUCUGUACAAACAUUUUGAAUCAGACUUAUUUAGAGCCACGCCUAUCUUUUUAUUACUCAUGAUUUGAGCAUCUACCCUAGUCUGAAUCAGGAUAUUAACAACUCGUGGUUCUUUACAGAUCAACAGUAAUUGUUACACUCUUGAAAGUGCUCUAAAAGAAAGUGUUUGUCCUGAAAGUGUGUCAACCAUUUGGCCUCAAAAAAUGUUGUCUUUACUGUUCAAUUGAGUAUUAGACCUUUCCUACAUGUAACCUUGAAGGAGUUUAAGUAAUAAUGAAGUCAGUUUGAGAAAAGGUUUCAAGAUAUGAAACCUUAUACUUCACGCUCUUGGAUAUACCUUAUUGUAAUAAGCUAAUUGGGUUCAGGUAUUUUUCCCCUUUAAACUUUUAAAAAUAUGUAUUUCUAAUUUGUUUGCAUAUUUAAUAUUGUCAGAAAGGAGAAGUGCUUAUGAGUUAAAUUUAUAAAUGUCAAUUGGAAUCAAAUGAAGUAUUUAUUUUUAAAAAGUAAGGGUGAAGGAAUCAAUAUUGACUUGCACAUAAUGAAAAUAUGUGUACGUGUAUAAAUAUAUUUUUUUCCUUCUUGACACUACCUAGACACCACAUCAUUGUAUUUUUGUACAUAGUAUAUCUUACAAAAUAUAGAUUGUCUAUUCAAAGAAUUCUAUCUCUGUGAUAGGUUAUAUUUAUCCUAAGCUGUUGAUAACUGUUAAUUUGUUCUAAGAGAUAGAACUCUAUUUUUUUGAUAUGCAGAGUAUUGCAUUCAUGGCUUUCAGUUGUAAAUAUGCUAAGGGUAUUUUAAUAAAUCUUGGUUUCAUGUC